UGCUAUUGUUAUGAUCUCGCGGGAGUGCGAAUAAUGAGUCCGAUGUAAUGAAAUUGCGUUUUACUGAGUGGAAAAUUUUACUUUUGAAUAAUUUAAAACGCAUUCAUUCUAUUUUAUUAAUUUAUUCAUUACUGAUGAUUCUAAUUUUUAUAUAUUAAUAUGGAAUUUCUGAAGACAGUAUUAAUAUUGACUCUUCAUGGUAUGCGCGAUUGCUUUAAUGGCGUACUUGCUUCUAUAAAAUUUUGCUCAAAAACUCAGAAUUCCCGGAGAGUACGGGAAGAAGUUAGAAGCAGUAGCGAUGAGCCCAAAACAAUGUCUAGUGUUUUAAUACAAUGUGGAGUUUUUGGAUUCCUAGUGUGGCUCCCUAUAUAUUUAUUUCGAAAUGUUUUGAUGAACUGUAUUUACGAAUAUUUCUGUUCCUAUUUGUCUGAAGACGAUUUGGGAUCAAUUACAUUUUUGCCAGCUGUCCUCAGUUGGAUAUUUUUCUUCUUUUGGACUUUUCCUUUAUUUAUCAUUAAUAGAUUUUUAAAUCUAUCGUGGGAUCAACAAGUUGCUGAUAUUACUUCUGAAAAAGCAGGCAUAAAGAAAAAGGAUAUUUUUGGUGUUACUGGAUCAUGGAGCGACCAAGUAACCAGCAUAGGUGUACAAGUUCUUUACAUGAUACAAUGCAUCAUGAUACAGUAUUUGCCAUUCUCUAGUAUUAUUAGAUAUGUAGCUUCAACUUUCCUGCUGUCUCUUUUAUAUUCAAUGUAUGCUUUUGAAUAUAAAUGGUGUUUAAAAGGGUGGUCUUUACAAAAGCGGAUACAUUUUAUUGAAACAAAAUGGCCAUAUUUUGUUGGAUUUGGACUUCCACUGGCAGUUGCAACAGCAUAUGUUGAAAGUUACUCAUUAAUGGACAGUACAUGCCUGUUUUCAGUUUUGUUUCCAUUCUGUGUGGUAGGAAGUACUAUAACAUUCGAUAGUAAAUUAAAAGACUUCAGGUCUCCAUUUAGAGUAUUUAAGUUUGCUGCAUGCAUUACUGACUUUGUAUACUAUCAUAUUUGCAAAUGGCUGUUAAGGUAACAGUAGUUUUCCAUUAUAUCAGUUAAAUCUUAUUUAAUAAAUGUUUUGUUGUUAAUUGUUCUGUCAGUUUAUUUUAUUUUAUUAAGAAACUCUUAAAUCUUGAUUUUGUAACUUUAAAAUAAUACUGAGUGCUAUUGUGAUAAGUAUGUUUGUUAUUUUCAGAAUUUGCCUGUAGUGCAAUUUUAAUUUCAUUUAAGCAGUCUACUCUGAACUAUUUUAGUGCAUUUUAAACUAAUGAGCUUGUAAAUAAUGCAUGGAAAAUAUAUCAAGAUUUGCUUAUUGUGAUGAUGAAUUUUUAAAUAUAUACAUCUGUGAUAGUUUUUGAUUUCCUUUUAUUAUAAAUGAAAUGCUUAUAAUAUUUGGCAUAUGUAUAAUAGAUUCUUAAUAAUAAUAAUAGAUAUUCUUAAAAAUUGAGACACAGUUCACAGUUAAUGUGAUCAGUAAAAUUUUUAUGAAUUUGUGUAUGAUUCUCGUGAAUAGAUUUUCAGUUUUUGAAUAUGUAUUUUGCAAUGCUUAUUUCUUUAAUUGUAAAUUAAUUGAAGAUACAUUUUAUGCAAUUGUAAGUAUAAAUUAUGUUUACAUCCUUUCAGAAAAGGGUUUUUAACAUAUAUAUAACAAUGGUUUCUAAUAUAACAUUUAUGAUAUAUUAGUUUCUCUGUAUAUAUGAAAAAAAUUCAUUUUUUUAAAGAUAUGGUUACAAAAUAACCUGAAAUUCAAUUUUAUUAAGAUAGUUAAAAAUGAAAUAGAAUUUCAUAAAUAUUAACUAUCCAAAAAAAAAAAGUUUUUUAAAGCAAACUCAUUUUAAAUAUUAUUAUACCAAUUUUAUCAUUCUUUGGUAGCCUUUUUUUUAUUAUUAUUAUUAGAUUUGAUGGCAAAGUUUUGUAGCUAAAAUCAUUAGAUUGCGAAUUCCGUUGCCAAUCUAGCCUAACAUUCUUUACGAAUGCAUGCAUUAUACCCAUUGAAUUUAGUAAUAUCAACUUUUAUUAUUUUAUUACUUUUUCUCCUAGUUUUAAAAUUAACUCCCAUUUGCUUGUUAAUAAUUUAUUUUUGUUUAUUAUGAAAAUUGAAUUCUUUUAUUUUUCCAGAUAACCUUACUCUUGUAUAUUAUUUCUUUUUAUGAAAAUCAGUAUAAGAUAGCUUUGGUCUUUUAAAGAAAAACUUAAGAAAUAAUCUUGUGAUUUUUUUUUAGUUCAGUUUUGAUUGUUAUUAAUCAUAGAUUAUAUUGUGUUUGUUAACCAUAUGUCUGCCAAAUUGUAUAAAAAAAGCUCUAGGUAUGGCAAUUUUAUUCCAAAAAAUAUGUUUUUCAUUUUAAAAUUACUGUUUUUGUUUCAUAAGGCAUACAAUUUGGUUAUUAUUUUGCCAAUAAAAAAUGCUAUUAAUCAAUAAAUGGAAUUUGUAUUGGGAAAUUCAUACAUUUUAUAUUGCGUGUUGUUAAUGAAAAUAGUUGUAAAGGCAGCAUCCUAUCUUAAAUUCAAAUUUUAGUAAAAUAUGUGUCUUACAUUUUCUUGUCAUAUGUUUAAUUUUAAUUUUAAAGUUAUUUGUUUCCUUUCUUGUGGUGUGUGUGUGUGUAAGAUUAACAUAAAGUUUGCUACUUUAUAAAUUAACUUAUUUUCUGUGAUUAGUUCUAUUUUAAAUUAUCAAAAAUCGAAUAAAUUGUAUGUUAAAGAUUACUGUGUGUGUUUCUGUGAUACUUUCCUAUUGUGUUUAGUUUAGGAAAACCCAUUUUAGCAUGACAAAUAGAUUAAUAGUAUUAUGCAUUAUAUCAUCUUAUUUUUCUUUGCUGAUAACUUGUCUUAAGUUGUUGGAUUCAUAAGUUCACAAAUAUUGUAAAAGAAAGUCAUAUAAAAUUAUAAUUUUUCCUGUUUGAUUUUGUCCAAUGAAAUAUUUAAUUAUAUUCAGUUAAUAUCAAAUAUAUAAAAAAUAAAUAUUUAUGAGUGUAAAUUCAAAAUGAAAUAUACUUAUGUAUGCAUGACUGUGUGUGUAUAAAUUGGCCAUAAAUUUGAAAUUUUGCUUGUAAUUAUAUCUUUUGAUAACUAGUAAUUGGAUACUGAUGAGUAUGUGAAAAAGUUUUUUUUAGAUUAUAAUUUUUUAAAUUUAUUUAUUAAAUAUGUUUGUAUGCAAUUUUUUUUUCUCCACGUAACAUGGAAAAUCAUGUUCUUACUACAAUUAAUGUAUAAUAUAAUGAAAGACAUCUAAAAAAAGAUGCCUUUUAACACUUAUGUAAGUAUUUUUUGUAGGAAAAUCGAAUAAAUUAUAGUUAGGAAAAUUUAAUCUUUGUAAAAGUUAAAUCAUCAAUUUAAGGCAAGACACUUUUAAAUUGCUAUACUGGUAUGCAUUCGUUUGAUAAUGGUUCCACAAUAUUUGUUUGUCAUAAAAUUUUCUUUUAAUAACAUUUGUGACUAUCCAUGACUACUUUUUUUAGUUAGAUCAACAUUAGUUCAAAAUUUUAAUUAAGAGUUUCAAAAUACAAAAUUUCAACUAGAAAAGCUUUUACAAAAAUAAGUGUAUAUUAAAGUUAAUAGCUAUAUAUGUAAUAAAGUUUUUUAUCCAUACCUUUUGAAAAUAAUAAAUCAGCAAUUUCUUAUGCAUUAUAUAUAUGUUAUGUUCAUUAUUUUGAAUUUAUAAGAAGUCAAACUAUAAAUUUAGUACUUCAUUUAUUUAUUUUUACUAUUAGACAAGCAGUUGAAAGUGAUGAUACAGCGUUCAUAAAAUAGUGGCAUAGAGACUGGAAUAAUUGCAAUCUUAACUAAAAAAACAUGUUUAAUAAAAUGCCUUUUCAUUUUAAGCACUGUGUUUGUACCCUAAUCAGAUACUUUAUAUAUAAUAUUUGAAUGACUACAGUUUGUAGAUCUUCAUGUUGUAUUUAGUGUAUUGCAGCUAUUCAAUAGUCUCGUCAUUCCAUUAAAAAAUUUUGUAAUAAAAAGAAUUUAUUAAAUAGAAAUUGAUAAAUUAUAAAAAUGAAGGAAAAAACAAUGACUAAAUCUUA